AUGUUUGAAGCUUCACACACAAAAAGUUGCUAUGUUAGAAUACAACACAACAGUUUUGCUGUCACCGGCAGCAUUUCAUUUCGCAUAGGGGGGGCAACUGUGGAAGAGGAUCUUCCCGGAACACCUCUGCCAGAGGAUACUCAUCCUUCGUGCAAGGAUGAAGUGAAAGUGCCACUCAGAGAGGAGGUACAAGAGGAGGAUAACGCGCCCGUCGAGUUCUCCACAGGAGGCAUACCUUCCUUCAAAAAUCAGCGAUUGGACUCAGAAACGCUGUUUUUCCGCGACGGUAAACGCCGGAUCGACAUGGUGUUGGUGUACGAGGAUCCAGACCUCAGCGUGGGAGUGCUGACCGAACAGGACACUCUUAAGCAGGAGUACCGUCGUCAGUUCUACGAGAGUCUUCUGCAAGAGGGCCUCGAAGUGGAAUUGGAGGAUAAAGAGGUAUCAUUUGACCAAAAAACGUUUUUUCUGAAAAUCCACGUGCCUUGGAGAAUAAUCAUGAAAUAUGCAGACGCAAUGAACCUCAAAAUGCCAAUAAAAAGAUUCCUGUCCAUCUCUGUCAAGGCUUGGGAAGGAGACAACAGACAUUCUGAGACAAAGAAUCUGCGGUUCCCUCUGGGAAGAAUGUUCGACCUGGAUCCCAAGGUCAUAGCUGAGGAACCGUCUUUCUACAGUGCUACACAAAGCAUGGACAGAGAAGAACAGUUCGUGGUGAAAGAUCGAGAGAACUACUUCACUUCGGCGCAGAGGAGUCAGGUGGUCUGGGAAAUACUGAUCAGAACCAAAUACGACGAGGGUAGACAGGUGGGGAUCAGAAGAUUACUGAAUAACGGUACCUACAUCAGUGCCUUCCCCCUCCACGAGGGCAGUUACAAGACCCCUUCUGCUAACGGUUUCAUCUACGAUAGAAGGCUGCUGUACAUGGAGUGGGCUCGGCCUGGUCGAUGGUACAAGAAGCAGCCAUUGUGGUUGGUUCGAAAGUACUUUGGAGACAAAAUCGCUCUUUACUUUACUUGGCUUGGUUUCUACACGAAGAUGCUGAUACCCGCAGCCAUCGUCGGCUUUCUCUGUUUCAUGUACGGCCUUCUGUCUAUGGACUCCUCGGACAAUAUUCCCAGCAAAGAGAUUUGCGAUCCAAAGCUAGCAGGAAACAUCACCCUGUGCCCAUUGUGUGAUAAAGUGUGCACCUACCAGAGGCUGAAGGAAUCUUGUGUAUUUGCCAAAAUCACGUACCUCUUCGACAACCCAGCCACCGUCUUUUUUGCGAUAUUCAUGUCUUUCUGGGCUACAACAUUUUUAGAACUGUGGAAACGCAAGCAGGCCGUGGUAGCUUGGGAGUGGGAUUUGCAGAACGUGGAGGAGGACGAGGAGCCGAGGCCGGAGUUCGAGGCUACAGUGAAGACUAUCCGCACCAACCCCGUCACGCGACGUAAGGAACCUUACAUCCCCGCGUGGAACAAGCUGCUGCGCUUCGCCGCCACGGGCAGCAUGGUUUUCUUCAUGGUGUGUGUGGCCCUCAGUGCAGUGUUGGGUACCAUCAUCUACCGCAUCACUGUGGUCACCGUCAUAUACGAAGGAGGGAAUAUGUUCAUCAAGCGACAUGCCAAGAUCUUCACCUCCAUGACCGCAGCACUCAUCAACUUGAUAAUUAUCAUGAUUCUCACUAAGUUGUACCACCACUUGGCAUUGUGGCUCACCAACAAGGAGAAUCCCCGCACUCAAACAGAAUAUGAAGACAGCUACACAUUCAAAAUAUUCCUCUUUGAGUUUAUGAACUUCUAUUCUUCUCUUAUAUACAUCGCCUUUUUCAAGGGAAGGUUCUACAGUUACCCAGGUGACAAGGAGGCACGCAGUUCCAAGUUUCUCAGACUUAAGGGAGAUAUUUGUGACCCUGCUGGAUGUCUCAGUGAGCUAUGCAUCCAACUUGCCAUCAUCAUGGUGGGGAAGCAGUGCUUCAACAAUUUCCUUGAACUGGCUUCACCAGCAAUUCUGAAUUGGUGGCGAUACAGAAAACAGAGACACGAUACCAAAGAUGUAAACAGGCCUUAUACUCGCUGGGAAGAGGACUACCAGCUCCAAGACCCUGGAAAACUUGCUCUUUUUGAAGAAUAUUUGGAGAUGGUUAUCCAGUAUGGGUUCGUGACACUCUUUGUGGCCGCAUUUCCCUUGGCACCUUUGUUUGCUUUACUCAACAACAUCGGAGAGAUACGCCUGGAUGCGUACAAGAUGGUGACGCAGGCACGACGGCCUCUUGCCGAGCGUGUGGAGGACAUCGGUGCAUGGUACGGUAUCCUGCAAGGCAUCACCUACUGUGCAGUAGUGUCUAAUGCAUUUGUAAUCGCUUACACCAGUGACUACAUUCCUAGAAUGGUUUAUGCAUUUGUGUAUUCACCAACUAAUACUCUUGAAGGAUACAUAGAUUCCUCUCUAUCAUUGUUCAACACAUCAGACUUUGUGGAUGACAUGGGUAUAGACAAAGAUGCUCUGGAAGAAGAUGAACCGCCCACCUGUCAGUACAGAGGUUACCGUAACGGUCCUGACCACGAGGACAAGUACGGACUGUCACCGCAGUACUGGCACGUUUUCGCUGCCCGCCUUGCGUUCGUUGUUGUUUUUGAGCACAUAGUGUUUGCACUGACUGGAAUAAUGGCCUACGCGAUCCCUGAUGUGCCUAGAGAAGUGAAAACUCAAAUUCAGCGAGAAAAACUUUUGGCAAAGGAAGAAAAAUAUGAACAGGGCACCAGAACUGACGAGUACGAUGAAUUACUGAGUGCAAUUAGGAAUACCAACAAUUCUAGUCGAUUGAGCGACGUGUUCAGACGGACUUCGUGGGAUAGACACUUGACUAGAUCUACUUUCGACCACAGAACCACUGCUAUCAGAUGACCAUUCUACGAUUGUGUGUAUUCAAAUAUGUUCCAUGUUUACAUCUUUGUAAUGGUUAAAAGGUGUUCUAACCACCUUUAGUUUUACUGAGAAAAUUAUAUACGAGUUGCUUUUGGCUGCUCUUAAAAUAACGUCCAGGAGUGAAAUGUGCACAAAAUCCUAUAACACGUUUUGUUUACAGUAUUUAUAUUACUUAUGAUAUGUUUCACACUCGUACUUAUGUUGUGUGAGAGUGAAUUUGUGUGUAUCUGGAUAUCUAUUAGUCGAGAUCUUUUGUGGGUUUUUUAAUUGACACAAAUACCUAUUAUUGAAAUUUAAAACAGUAUCAACUUUUUUUUUUAAUCCAGAAACAACCUAGUAAUGUUUUGAACUAAACUUAAAAAUUUAAGUAAAAAAGAAAAUGUUUAAUAGUUUUUAGAGACACAAGAGUGAAAUUUUAUCCUUCCUUUACCAUUUGUGUUAUCUUCAUACUAUAAUACACAACAUAACUCAAAAGUAGUUUACAACCCACUUAAACCUUUUUAUUGUUUGAGGUAUUAUCUGAUAACCUAUUCUGGGCUAAGCACUAUCAUUCAUUUCAGUUCAGUUCUGAAAUUUGCCAUGGGCAAGUGUUGAAUGAAAGGAUAACUGAACGUUUUCAAAUCAGAAUUGAAGAGUGAAAAAUCAUGUAAUAAAUGGCAUUUGUAAAACAAUGUUUACAUGCUCUUAUCAAAUUAAAUAUGUAUGCAUUAUUUUUAAGACACCAAGGCUUGUGGGUCAAAAUGUUUUAGCCAUCAUCACUCCAUUUUGUUUUCUCACACUUUAUACAAAAGCGUACGGUUUAUUCCAUACUUAAAAUUUAUAAAAACAUUAUUAUUUAAAUGUUUUCUUUUAUUUCUAUUAUGGUUUCUCUUCCUGUCUGAAAUUUUGUAUUUCCCCUCUAUUUCCAGUCACCUAUAAAUAAAAACUUUCACAAACCAUGUUCAAAUACCUCUAAGCAAAAAAAGGUUAAAUGGUAGUGUAAGUUAAGUUAAGCCAUCAUGUACAACACUUUCUAAUCAAAAAGAUUAUAUCCGCGUACCCUAUUACAUGUAUUUAGAGAUCACAUAUACCGGGUGUCCGAAAAAGAACUCCCUAGUUUUGGAUUCUUUUUAUUUAUUGUACAAUAUACAAAUUACAAUGACUGCUACAUUAAAUGAAAGGUAAUGAAAUAAAUGUUUUUUAACACUAGUACACCUCGAUAUGUGAACCAUUUGUAGCCCUACAGAUAUCCAAGUGAUAUUCGAACUCUCUCCAGGUAUUAGUUAAUAUAUUAGGUGUGACCGAUGCUACUGCUGCUAUGAUUCUCUGGCGAAGAUGGUCAAUGUUACGUAUCUUCUCUGAAUACACAAAGUUCUUGACAUAAUCCCACAGGAAAAAAUCUAAUGGUGUUAUGUCAGGGCUUCUUGGAGGCCAUGCGAUUGGGUCACCUCUACCCAUCCAUCUCCCUGGGAAACAGGCAUCUAAGGCUGAGCGCACACAUUGUUUGUAGUGGGGCGGCGCACCGUCUUGUUGGAAUAUGACCGGCCCCUUUUUCGCCUCGAUGUCAUCCACCUGUGGAAACACGUACAGUUCCAGCAUGUCGCAGUAGAUAUCACCAGUUAUUUUCUUCUCUGCAAAAAUAAAAGGUCCAACAAUUCGGUCAUUCAUUAGGCCGCACCACACAUUAACCUUAGGCGAGUCUCGUUGGUAUUGAACGAUCUCCUGUGGUUUCUGAGACCCCCAAAUUCUGCAGUUGUGGCGGUUUACAACCCCAUUAACGUGGAACAUCGAUUCAUCAGUAAAAAUUACAUUGUUUAAAAAGUCUUCGCUAUCAUCAAUUCUGUUUAGAAUGUCCACAGCAAAAUCUAACCUUAAACCUUUAUCAUUUGGUUUUAUCUCGUGUACCAGUUGGAUUUUGUACGCAUGCAAUUUAAGCCUUUUACGUACCACAUCAUAAACAGUAGAUCUUGGUAAUCCCAGUUGUAGACUACGUCGCACUAGUGAUUUUUUCGGGCUGCGACAACAAGAAGCUCUGAUCCUCUCAACGUUCUCCGCUGAAAAUGGCCUACCUGGCGAUUUUCCUUUUAAAACACUACCAGUGUCUUUGAAUUGUUGUAACCAUUUAUGGAUUGACUUAGGAUCAGGUACAUUACCACCAUAUUCACGCCUAAAAUAACGCUGCAGAGUAGUAACGGAAUUUGUUUCCACUAACCAAAUAACACAUUGUGCUUUCUGCUGCGGAGUAGCCAUUGCACUGACAGUACUGACAGCGCUGAGCGCUGGAUGCGUGGUAAAACUACGCUCAAGGUCAAACAGGUGUACCAAACUUAUUGCCAACGUUCGAAACUAAAACUUACAAAUUUACUCUACAGCACCAAAGGAUUAUUACUCAUCCAUUUAAACUAAUACUAUCAUGAGUAACUUCCAAAACUAGGGAGUUAUUUUCCGGACACCCGGUAUAUCGAUCUCGUAUGUUCAAAAAGUAAUGGGAAUUUUCAUUUUGAAAAAAUAUUUAUUUAUUCGUCUACUUUAAUGCCGUCACCUUAAAAAUAGUCCCAAUUAGAUAUUAUGCAUUUAUGCCUGUGCUUUGUUCCAAUCCUCAAACUCAAUCAAUCGGACACUCUAAACCCGCAAAAAUUAAAAAUUUCCAUUACUCUUUGAACACACAUUGUAUUUACUGUCGAUUUCAUAUUAUUUUACAUUUACGUUAAGUGAAACUUGAUGUAUGUAUGACCAUGUACUGCAACAUGACUUUGGACCUAAUCUAGAUAUCAAGAAGAUAGUUCAUCGAUCAAAUGAUAGUGAGUAGAAUAACUCUAAGUGAUAAUAUCUGUGAAAAUGUCUGAACCAAUAUGGAAACUUAAACAUGAAUUAGAAAUUUGAAGGAGAAUUUGUGGAUGGAUUGGUAAAUACAUUUUUUUUAUACAUUUUCACAGCAAUAUGAGGCAAAAUCAUAUUUAAUGACUUUGUUUUGUGAUUAACAGUGUUCAAUUUUCUAUGUUAGCAGUAAAACGUCACUAGUAUUUGUCAGGGUUCUUGUAAUGUAUUGUAUUCAUCAUCCAUUCGAUGCCAAAUACAAUCUGUUCUUUACUAAAUACAUUGAAUAGCUAUACAUGUAAAUGUACAUUACAAUCAAAAUUAAUUAUUAUUUGAAAUAUAAUGUAAUGCAAUAACAUAAGAAUAGUAGUAUAUCGAACAAUUGGUAACAUCACGAAAGGGUUAAAAGGAUUUCAUUGCCAUUUUGGAAUUUACCAUAAUUUUUCAUAAUGAAUAUUUUUGUAAAUUUAUGUAUAUUUUAUUAAUAAAAGUAUCUCAACAUAAA